AUGACCCUGUUUUACCGAGAGCUUGGUAAAGACACUCCUGGAACAUCGUCAUACUAAAAAAAUUCACAAUAUCUCAGAACCAAUAGUCUUAAAAUGGUGAAAAAGAAUAAAGAAUAAGAAGUAGAGGUAGAAGUGGAAUAAGACAGACAACACAAGAACCCCCAUAAAAUGAAGAAAUUUUUAGAGUUCUUAUAUUUAAUGUAGACUAAUAAAAACCAAUUAGAGAUAUCUUGGUAAGAUAAUUAAGUAGAUGAGGUAAUUGAAAAGAAAAAAAUAGACAUAAUAAAUGUAAAUGAAAGAUUUCAUAAAAUACCUUUUACAAGAACGGAGUAGGAAUUGAGAAACUGUAUUUGAAAAAUAUUGAACAGUUCUAGCUUAAUGA